UCUCGGAUCUUGCCGAGUAUCUACCGGCCGUGUUGAGAGGAGACGUCGCUUCAGCGUUGCCGUCUCAAGCGGUUGAAUGUGUUGCGACAUCAUCUCAGGUCCCCAGUCAGAAAACUCCAUACGUUCGGCACGACCGGUACGGCAAUGUUAUCGGGCCUCCGUACGGCAUGCGGCGCGGCGCGGCGCGGCGGAGAGAUGCCGGGUGGAAGUCUUAUAAAUACGGUCUGGCCUGCUGUUCACGGCAUGAAGGUGCUUGAUCAAUAUCGACAACUUCUUCUUGACUCACAUAGGCAAGCCUAGCAUUCGUCCGAGCCUCUCGUUACUUUCAGUGACCUUAAGAGACAUCAAAAACCAUGGCAAUGGUUUCCAAUGGCAACGAGUACGACUUCAUCGUCGUCGGCGGCGGCACGGCUGGUAACGCAGUCGCUGGUCGCCUGGCCGAAAGCCCCAAUGUGCGAGUCCUCAUCGUCGAAGCUGGCGUUCCCAACCCCGACCAAGUCCCCGAGAUCACAACACCGUCCCAGGCCUUUGGGCUUCGCGGCAGCAAGCACGACUGGGCGUACAAGUCGACCAUGAUCAAGCGCGACGACUACGAGCGCAUCGAGAAGCCCAACACGCGCGGCAAGGUCCUCGGUGGGAGCUCGUGCGCAAACUACUUCACAUGGAUCCCGGGCUCCAAACCCACCUUUGACGACUGGGAAGAAUUUGGCGGCCCCUCCUGGAACUGGGACGGCUGUGUGGACUACCUCCGCAAGUGCGCCACCUACCACGACGAUGAAAAGGUGUACCCGGCCGAGCUCAGCAAGAUUGGUACCGGAGGGCCCAUCAACAUCGCCCAUGCCGAUCUUGUCCCAGAGAUGCAGCCGUUCCGUGACGCGCUCACGAAGGCGUGGGUCUCCAAGGGGGAGCGGCUCACCGAGGAUAUAUACGAGGGCGAGAUGCGCGGUCUUACUCACUGCGUGGACACAAUCUACGACGGCCAGCGCCAGGGUAGCUUCCUCUACCUCAAGAACAAGCCCAACGUCACCAUCAUCUACGGCGUGCGCUCCAAGCAGCUCAUCAUCGAUCCGACCACAAAGACCUGCAUGGGCGUGACUGUAAUCAAUGAGGCAUCAAACACGGAAAUAAGCGUCUACGCGAGUCGCGAGGUCAUAUUGUCGCAAGGCGUCUUCGAGACACCGAAGCUUCUCAUGUUGAGCGGUAUUGGCCCGGCAGGGGAGUUGGCCCGACAUGGCAUCGAUGUUCAGAUUGACUCGCCUCACGUUGGCCAACACCUCCUCGACCAUCCAAUAGUGCCUUUCGUACUUCGUAUCAAGGACGGCUACGGUCUAGACGACUACAUCCUUCGAGACGGGCCUCUCAAGCAGAACGCCAUCGCCGCCUACAACCGCGAUAAAACAGGCCCUAUCGGUUCGGGACUCCUGGAACUCGUCGGCUUCCCUCGAAUUGACGAGCGGCUUGAGAAGCAUGAGGAGUACCGCGCCGCAAAGGCUGCAAAUGGCGGGUUGGAUCCUUUUGGUCCCGCGGGCCAGCCUCAUUUCGAGCUAGAUUUUGUCGGCAUGUUCAGCACCGCGUUUCAGUGGCACUAUCCGGUACCCGAGGAGGGCAGCUAUAUGACCGUCAUUGUUGAUCUGCUUCGGCCCCUUUCCGAGGGAGAGGUUACCUUGAACUCGCCCAGCCCUCUGGUACAGCCCAACAUCAACUUGAACUUCUUCGGCAACAAUCUCGAUAUUUUGGCUAUGCGCGAGGGUGUGCGAUGGACCUACGACCUGCUCAUGACCGGCGCGGGCUUUAAGGACAUUUUCGUGUCGGAGUAUCCGUGGAAGAUGCCGCUCGACUCCGACGCGGAGAUGACGAGAGCUGUGCUGGACAGGAGCCAGACUGGUUUCCACCCCUGCGGGACUGCACGUCUCUCCAAGUCCAUCCACCAAGGCGUCGUCGACUCCAACCUGCGCGUGCAUGGCGUGAAGAACCUCCGCGUGGCAGAUGCGUCUGUCAUUCCAGUGAUUCCGGACUGUCGCAUCCAAAACUCCGUGUACAUGAUUGGUGAAAAGGGCGCCGAUCUUAUCAAAGGUGACCACAAAGAUCUCUACGAGGCGAAGGGUAUUUCCUACUUUGUGUCCAGCCGUCUAUAACAGGGAGCAAUGUGGUGUAACAUUGGGGACGCCGCCUCCAUGGCAGCGUUCGCGCAUGUGGCUUGCAUGAACCAGCUAGUGGGACCACAUAGAUAUAGUCUGCGACAGUAGAUUGACUUUCAAUAGAGUACAUCUUUGACAG